UCUAUCCAUCUCGGCUCCUCUCUCCCCCCAUGAUUUCACACCAUUGAGCAUGCCGCGUGUAGCUCCCACUUGCUGGCAUCAGAAACACUAGAUAUCUUCAGAUCCGAGCUGUGCAGAUUUAUACAAGUACACACCAGCAUUGGCUAGACGGAGGCUGCGUUCUGCCAAAACACACGUUGGGGAUAGGCAGUGAUAAAACAGAAGGAGAGAAAGAGUCCAGCAGCUCUUGCACACACCGGACUCAAGCAGGAUCAGCACAAUGAAGACCAGACUUGGCUGCCUGUCCAACAAAUCUGACUCCUACAGUGACUUCUCUGAGUUCCUGCCUCCUGCUCACGAAACCACCGCCAGGUGUCUGAAACUAUCAACAGAUGAAGUUGUUCGAUGGUCAGAAUCAUUUGAUCAUCUUCUCUCUCACAAAUAUGGCCUGGCUGCCUUCCGGACGUUUCUCAGGACGGAGUUCAGUGACGAGAAUAUCGAGUUUUGGAUGGCCUGCGAGGAGUACAAAAAAAUCAAGAGCUCAACCAAGCUUGUGUCAAAAGCAAACAAGAUUUUUAAGGAGUUCAUUGAUAUUCAGGCACCAAGAGAGGUAAACAUUGACUACCGCACCAGAGAAAAGACUAAGCAGAGCCUGGAGGAUCCAUCCACAACCAGCCUCAAUGAAGUCCAAGCUAAAGUCUACAGCCUCAUGGAGAAAGACUCCUACCCACGAUUCCUCAGGUCCAAGAUGUAUCAGGAUAUAGUCAACAGGGCGCAUGCACAAGGCCAGCGGAGGUCUGUUUGACUGAAUCUGAUGAAGACCACAGAGAACAUAAAACUGGACCUAUACUGUAAAUCAUCUAUUAACCCUUUGACAUCAUCUCUGAAUACUGUGAAUCUGCAAGGAUGGGGCAACAUGCUUGACUGUUUCCUUUGUCUGCAUCAGCUCCAUCCAUGCAAUCCCUCUAGUAAAGACGUGUCUUAGUAGACUGCAUUGUACAGGAGGAUUGGAUGAGGGUAAGUUAAUGGUUUUACCUCUACUUAGUGCUGGGCGAUAUGUCUGAAAAUAUAAAAACAUUUUCUGUAAUUCAAAAUAUUUAUUUUGAGUCAUAGCUGCUAAAAAAUGGGCUUGAGAAUGAAGACAGUGAGAUGCAGCUGAAAGCUCAAACGAUUUCAGCUCAAGAAUCAAGUUUGAGUUGAGAAUUGUUUUCAGUAUGAUUACAUAUCCCAAGAUAUAUAAAACACAAUGAAUAAGAAUGUCAGUAUUUUACACAAUAAUUGACACAUUUCAAUGUCAUAGCUAUAUUUUGGAGGACUUUGUCGUCAUCAUUUUUUUUAAAAAGAAUUCCCACAAAAUCCCUACAAAAAGUCCCACUAUUGUUAGAUGAGUCCUCUGAUUGUAGACCGUUUAGGCAAUGCUCAACAUUGAACUGAUGUUAGCUGUUUGCAGUCUUGGCUGGGGCACGACCUGUACAUUAAUUACCUUGUCCUUUAUUUUUGGUCAGACAUAAAAUAUAUGAAAUAACACCAUUUUCUGACAUUCUGUAACAUUUUUGUCAACAAUUUCACCAUCUUUAGCUGAACUCCACACACACAACGCUUGCGGAAAACUGUGUACUUGACCAAAAGUAGAGUUGAUUUUAUUUCAUCAGUCAAGGAAGAAAUAUACUGAGAUAAAUCAUUAUCGUUUUAUCGCCCAGCACUUCCACUACAUUUCCUCAAUUCUUUGUGAAAUAGACACUGUUGUAUGCAGGUGACUAGACCUGUAGUGGUAGUUUGUGUGUUUACAACGAACAAUCAAGUGAGUGAACACUUAAUAUCUGAAACUGUGCCAAACUAGAUUGCACUUAGAUAUUGAUAUACCUACAUAAUCUUGUGUAUUGUAAACUCUUGCAGGUAUUCUAUGUGACAUUAAAUGUGGAGUAUAAAGAAGGGUUGCAUUAAUUUUUGCCUUCAAUUCACUGAAUUCAGGAAGUGGAAAUGUGCUUUGAUCCCUGUUGAACUUCUGAUAUGUGCAGUGCAUCCUGAUUGGACCAAUCAUUCGUGGCCAUCCAGGAUUCUGCAGUGAUUAUCAUUAAUUUAGUUUCAAUUAGGUUUGAUUACAUUUAAUGAUGGUACUUCAAUGACAUGGCUUUAAUCUGUUUCAUUGGCUUUAAAAAAGUUUGACAAAAUUAUUCAUUAUUUGGAAUAAAGUUUGCAAGUGCUGACUAAAAAGUCAUUGAAACACCUUACUAAAAUGGAAACUGCAGUGGAUUACAUAACUAAUUUUCUAAAGUAAACAGUAUAAUCAGCAGUCAGUGCUUCAUUAAACUGAAUAUUGAACAUUGGUCUCCAAAUCCAGUUAGAAGUGAAUUGAGAGUGACAGCCCGACCCCCAUAGAAUCUGUUCUGAGUUGAAAAAUGUGUUGUGUAAUUUCCAAAAUUAUUUUCAGCAUGAUGCAACACUGAGAAUAAGUAUUUCGAUAGUCUUUGACGUGUACAGUAUGUUAUGAAAAUGACUGCAAAAAACAACUUAAAUCUAGAAUAUGUCAGUAACUUGACAAAUGUGUUUUGAAAUGUGCUCCCUCAGCAUUUGCACUCCUUUUUAAAUAAGCUGAUCGAAAAGAUUUCCUGAGUAUUUCAGGGGAGACAAAUAUUUUCAGUAGUGCAUGUGUCCUGUAUAUGCCAAACUGUUGGAAAUACAACAAAACUGGCUGAACAACAUCGUCCUACUGUAUAUUGUAUGUUUUGCUGUGUUCCACAUGAAUCUGACCUCCCCCUAUUUUUUGCAAUUAAAAAUGAAUCAGCAUCUA